CCUCCCGCGGCACUUUCCAGAGGCCCCAGGCUGAGCCCUGCUGGCGCCUCCCGCGGUUGGCUCCCCGCCCCUCGGAAGCGCGGACCGCUGCGCCUGGGGCCAGAGGAGGGGCCCGCGCAGGGACGGGCUCGGCGGGUCCGUCCGGGGACAUGUCUGCUCGCCACCGCCACCAGGGCUGCAGCGGUCCCAGCGAGAUGGCCAAUAACCCAUGUGCCAGGUAGCAGUCUCUGCCAACCUUGAAUGCUAACAGGAAGACACUGGGAAGCAGACUCUUCCAAGAUCAUAACUUGCUGUUGGAAUAACUUGGAAAAGGAAAUAAACAAUGAAACCAUGGCAAAAGGACAUAGAGCUGGGUCCACCUCCCCUCCAGAUGGAGGCUGGGGCUGGAUGAUUGUGGCCGGCUGUUUUCUGGUUACCAUAUGCACCCGGGCAGUCACCAGAUGUAUCUCAAUUUUUUUUGUGGAGUUCCAGACAUACUUUGGUCAGGAUUAUGCACAAACUGCAUGGAUCCAUUCCAUUGUAGAUUGUAUGACCAUGCUCUGUGCUCCACUUGGGAGUGUUGUCAGUAACCAUUUAUCCUGUCAAGUGGGAAUCAUGCUGGGUGGCUUGCUUGCAUCUACUGGCUUCAUCCUGGGCUCAUUUGCCACCAGCCUGAAGCAUCUCUACCUCACACUGGGAGUUCUUACAGGUCUCGGAUUUGCACUUUGUUAUUCUCCAGCCAUUGCCAUGGUUGGCAAAUAUUUCAGCAGACGAAAAGCCCUUGCUUAUGGAAUUGCCAUGUCAGGGAGUGGCAUUGGCACCUUCGUCCUGGCUCCCGUGGUUCAGCUCCUUAUUGAAGAGUUUUCCUGGCAAGGCGCAUUGCUCAUUCUGGGGGGCUUCGUUUUGAAUCUCUGUGUUUGCGGUGCCUUGAUGAGACCUAUUACUCUUAAAGAAGACCAUUCAAGUCCAGAGCAGAACCCCAUCUACCGAAUUCAGAAAGAAGACUGCAAGCGAGCAUCUCCCUGUUCAUCUUUGACCAAAGAACUGGCUAAGACUUGCCUUUGUUGCUCCUUUCAGCAGGAAUAUAAUUUUUUACUCAUGGCAGACUUUGUUGUGUUCGCCGUCUCUGUUCUAUUCAUGGCUUACGGCUGUAGCCCACUCUUCGUGUACUUGGUGCCUUAUGCUUUAAGUGUUGGAGUGAGUCACCAGCAGGCUGCUUUUCUUAUGUCCAUACUUGGGGUGAUUGAUAUUAUCGGCAAUAUCACAUUUGGAUGGCUAACUGACAGAAGGUGUCUGAAGAAUUACCGGUAUAUUUGCUACCUCUUUGCUGUGGGGCUAGAUGGGCUCUGCUAUCUCUGCCUUCCAAUGCUUCGAAGUCUCCCCCUGCUUGUGCCUUUCUCUUGUACCUUUGGCUACUUCGAUGGAGCCUAUGUGACCUUGAUUCCAGUAGUGACUGCGGAAAUAGUGGGGACCACCUCUUUGUCAUCAGCACUCGGUGUGGUAUACUUCCUUCACGCAGUGCCCUACCUGGUGAGCCCGCCCAUUGCAGGAUGGCUGGUAGAUACAACGGACAGCUAUACUGCAGCGUUUCUUCUCUGUGGAUUUUCCAUGAUAUUUAGUUCUGUGUUGCUUGGCUUUGCUAGACUUGUAAAGAGGAUUAAAAAACCCCAGACGCAGCUGGUUGCCAAAGAAUCUGAUCCGAAGCUGCAGCUAUGGACUAAUGGAUCGGUGGCUUAUUCUGUAACAAGAGAAUUAGAUCAAAAAGAUGAGGAAUUUGUGGCUGCACCAGGGCCUGGUUAUGACCUCACAUGACCAAUGGCCUUGAGCCUGGGAAUUUUCAGCGCUGAGGGAGGUGGGACCACCAAUGCUUCAUGUUUCUGAAGCAUUUUAUUUUGAUAGAAGUACUGCCUUUCAAGAAAGUUAUUAUUGUUGUUUUGUUAACAUAUUUAUAUGGGAAAAUAGCAAACAAUAAAGAGUGCCGGACUA